AUGGCGGGAAUGGCCUUGAAUAUCACAACACUUGAGAACAACUCCAGAGCCUCCUCCAAGAUGCUGGCAGUUCUGUUCACAGCGGCCUUGCUGGUCCUGAGCUCAGCUCAGAGCCCCGAUGGAGAUCCUGAAAGCCAGAGCACAGUCCCAGUGGCCUCUGCUGCUCCUGAGGCUGAAAAUGAUCCACAGAGUGAUUCCCCACCAGGAGAGGAACAAGUGUCCUCUGAUGCUGUUGAGAAUGAAGUAAAUAAUCCACAGCAGGAACAAUCUGCAGAAGGGCUUCAGCAUCAAUCUUCUACUCUUCCUGAAGACUCUCAAGGACCAGUCCAACAAGAAGGCCAGCAGCAUGACUUUCCUCCUCCUGAGUUUCAACAUAGACCUCCUCCUCGUGGUCCUUUUUCAGGCAACAAAAGGAAUCCUUCCCAUAUUGGCCAUGGAAAACAAAGACCACCUCUAGGUAGAGGAAAGAACGGAAUGGCCUUGAAUGUCACAACACUUGAGAACAACUCCAGUGCCUCCUCCAAGAUGCUGGCAGUUCUGUUCACAGCGGCCUUGCUGGUCCUGAGCUCAGCUCAGAGCCCCAAUGGAGAUCCUGAAAGCCAGAGCACAGUCCCAGUGGCCUCUGCUGCUCCUGAGGCUGAAAAUGAUCCACAGAGUGAUUCCCCACCAGGAGAGGAACAAGUGUCCUCUGAUGCUGUUGAGAAUGAAGUAAAUAAUCCACAGCAGGAACAAUCUGCAGAAGGGCUUCAGCAUCAAUCUUCUACUCUUCCUGAAGACUCUCAAGGACCAGUCCAACAAGAAGGCCAGCAGCAUGACUUUCCUCCUCCUGAGUUUCAACAUAGACCUCCUCCUCGUGGUCCUUUUUCAGGCAACAAAAGGAAUCCUUCCCAUAUUGGCCAUGGAAAACAAAGACCACCUCUAGGUAGAGGAAAGAACGUGAAAAAACCACCUCAUCAUUUUUCGUUAAGACAGCAUCCUUAG